CAUCGAUCACAAGUGGCAAGUGGCACACUGCCUUCCGCACAAUUUGAUACACACACAAUUCAAUAUCAGACUUUUGCUUCUCCACGCGAGAUAUCUCCCUCCCAACCCUGGUCAUCUCGGUUGAUCCGCCCCAUGUCCGGCAGCCAGACAACUGCACCAUCACCUCCCCUGCUCGGGCCCUGUCCCUUAUUGGGCAAAGUCCACUGAUAAGUGAAUGAACCUUGCACGCCUCGAAUUCUUGGAUCGUUGUUGUCGAACCGUGGCAUCUCAUCGCCUGUCGUCUGUCGUCUUGUCCUGGACGCUAUAAGAUCAACAGCCCUCCCCCCACCAUGUCUCCCUGGUUGAUCAGUUUAGUUGCCUUUGUCCCUGUCCUUCUUAUUGCCUUGUCCUUCCUUCGUUCCACCGUCCUGUCCAAGUAUCUCGACGACAGGCACGAAAAGAGGACUUGACUGCACAAUGGCCUCCCAGAACGACGACCUCGCACCCAAGAGUGCUCCCUCUCAGGAAGUCGUCACUGGCAAUGAGCCAUCUCAGCCUUCCCACCCGGUCGACGGCCACGGUGAGGUUGGCGAACGCAGAUUCAAGCACCAUGAUCUGCCCGACCACGGCCAUAACCCUUCCACCCAGAAGAAUGUCGACGAGAACCCAGAUCUGGCCCUGCACUAUUCUCACGAGCAUCAACACAUGCAUCUCCACCACGGCCGCACUUCCCUAGUCGGUCGCCCAGAUGAGGUGGUCUUUUCCGACCACACCACUGUCGACAAGUCCAACAUCCCAGAGGAGAGCAACCAGAACUAUGUCAAGCACCACUUGCAACACUCGGACCAGACUCCAGGCUAUCCAGACACAGAAAAGGGCACUGUCGAUCCUUCUCGUGUCGACUCGAGCAACUCGGAGGACGACGGCCACAAGCAUCGCUUCUCGCGCAAAUACUCGAGCUACAAGAUCUUCGUUCACAUCUUCAUCUGGCUUUUCUUCACAGCAUGGUGGAUUGCUGGUCUGGUCAUGCAUCGCGACGACCUCGGCUGGUUAAUACCCUUCCUCCUCUAUCUUGCAAUCACUCUGCGUCUCAUCUUCUUCUGGGUUCCCAUCUCCAUCAUCACCAAACCAAUGGCUUGGACUUGGAAUAACACCGUCGUCCGCGUCGUCGAUUUCAUUCCUGAAAAAUUCCGCAUCUGGUUGGCCGCCCUUGGUGCCAUCGGUGUCAUCCUGGUUGGUUCAUUUGUCUCGGAGGAAUCGGACGACAACACUCGCGGCAACCGCGCCAUUUCUCUCCUCGGUCUUGCUGUCAUGAUCGCCGUGCUGUGGGCUACUUCCCGAAAUCGUAGCAAGAUCAGGUGGCACACGGUUAUCGGAGGCAUGCUGACUCAGUUUAUUGUAGCCGUCUUUGUCCUUCGGACCAGGGCUGGUUACGACAUCUUCGAUUUCAUCUCCUUCUUGGCCCGACAACUUCUUGGAUUUGCCGAUCAGGGUGUAUCUUUCUUGACCGCUCCCAGCGUCAUUGAUCUUCACUGGUUUUUGACCGGCGUCGUGCCCCCCAUCAUCUUCUUCGUUGCCCUCGUCCAAGUUUUGUACUACAUCGGUCUCAUCCAAUGGUUCGUUGGCAAAUUCGCCGUCUUCUUCUUCUGGAGUUUGCGUGUCUCUGGCGCCGAAGCCGUCGUAGCUGCUGCGUCGCCUUUCAUCGGUCAGGGUGAAUCGGCCAUGCUGAUUCGACCUUUUGUGGCUCAUUUGACCUUGGCCGAAAUUCACCAAGUCAUGUGCUCGGGUUUCGCCACCAUCGCUGGUUCCGUCUUGGUUGCUUAUAUCGGUCUUGGCCUGAAUCCUCAGGCAUUGGUUUCCUCUUGUAUCAUGUCAAUUCCCGCCUCCUUGGCUGUGUCCAAGAUGCGAUGGCCCGAAACGGAAGAGACCAUCACCUCAGGACGAGUGGUGAUUCCGGACGAUGAUGAGCAUCGUGCCACUAAUGCUCUUCAUGCAUUUGCAAAUGGUGCCUGGCUCGGUAUCAAGAUUGCCGGUAUGAUUGUGGCCACCCUUCUUUGCAUUUUGGCCUUGAUCGGCCUGAUCAAUGGACUGCUCGGCUGGUGGGGAAGAUAUUACAAUAUUACCCAGGACGGCGGACCGUAUCUCACCUUGCAGCUCAUUCUCGGCUACAUCUGCUACCCCGUCGCAUUCUUGCUGGGUGUGCCCCGCAGUGACCUGCUCCGUGUGGGCCAAUUGAUUGGCGUCAAGGUCAUCGCCAACGAGUUUGUUGCAUACAACUCUUUGACCAGUGAGCAACAAUACAUUGACAUGAGCCCACGAUCCAAAUUGAUCGCCACCUAUGCUCUUUGCGGAUUUGGCAAUCUGGGUUCGCUUGGUACUCAAAUCGGUGUCCUGUCCCAAAUCUCUCCCUCUCGAUCCGGCGAUGUUUCUCGCGUUGCCCUGUCUGCUUUGUUUUCCGGGGUUCUGUCCACUCUGACAUCGGCCUCGGUUGCCGGUAUGUUGGUCACGGAUCAAGUUACUCUAGCUCAGGAGACAGCUUCUUGAGAGAUGAACAAGACCAUCCUAGACGACGUCAUGAACCUGUUAAAAGCACCAGCAAGUUCACUGCGCCCUGUUUGGAGUGCCAGCCUUGAGUGCGGUUACUCAAUUCGAUAUCCCGGCGUCUUGAGCAAUUGAUUUAUGUAUAUGUACGCCGUAUUGCCAAUGCAGCGUGCUUGCUGUACGGGCCUCUACACUUUCUAUACUUGUUCGAUGUUUGAUGACGUGCAUCGACAUGUGUUUUCUUCACUCCCAUCUUUGUCAAACAUGAACAUCAGUGCGGUGCUCCCAUUGCCAGAUUAGCCCUCCUUGCCUGAAAGAUUCUGUUUGUCC